GUUGAAACUGGUACCAGAAACUAAGGAGUUAUACCUACAUAUGGAAAGGGGGCAACGUUGUCGUGACCCCCGCCUAAUACGAGCUGGAGUUCAUGCCCACCGUCUUUGGGAUUGCCGAUCGAACUGGGUUUGCUCCACUCGCGAUGAGACUCACCCCAGAUAGAAUCAGUGAUAGAAUCAGUAUAAAGACCCUUCGUGCAUCCGAGUAUGUUCUUCUUUUUCAGCCUCAUCAGCACGCAAUCACAUUCAAACAUUCGCUAAUAACUCAUCAACCUAAUCAACUUAACUUUCGUUCACCCGAAAAACAACAACAUUCAAAAUGAAGUUCUCCGCCGCUAUCCUCUUCGCUGCUACCGCCGCCGCCGUCACCGUCGACAAGCGUGACACCGUCUUCUCGGUCUCCGAGUUCUCGGCUGGCUGCGUCCGCCACAGCACUCAGUGCGUGUACUCCUUCACCGUCAUCCAGCCCGGCACCAUGGAGACCACUGGUGUCAAGUGCUCGGCUUCGGGCCCUGCCGGUCCCGGUGGUGAGCUCCCCGAGAUCAAGGAGGGUACUUGCCAGCAGUCGUCCAGGACCUUCGACGUCACCAAGGGCCCCGACGGUCUGACCUUCACGGUCUCUCAGCCCGUGACCCCCUCCAGCAACCAGUCCGGUUCCCACCUCAUCCCCAACUCCGAGCUCAAGACUACCAACGAGCCCAACGCUGUUGUUCAGAACUACGUCGGCCCUAGCAGCUUCAACCUCGAGUAACCUGUUGGUCUCGAUACGAAUGGACGGGUUUGAAUCCCUUUAGCAAGCUUACAGCGUUUGGUAUUUGGCGGGGACUAUUGUAACCAGAUUAUGGUUGAUGUUCCCAAUAGUUAUUAGAUAGAAUUUUGCGUGUUGAAUAUACAGAAUAUCGCAUCAUUUCUAGGAUCAUUUGAUUAGUUGAUUAUGCAUGUUAUUUUUCUUCGCCGAAACGAAAGGGAAUUAAGUGAACCGACUUAUGUUUUAUUCCCCACUUAACUUAUAUAAAGGUAGC